UUGCUGGGAAGCUGGCUACUCAGCAAGGUUCGCCGGCAAUGCUGCUCAUCAAUCCAGAAAACGUCCCAGGACUGAAAGCGGCGGUCAGUUGGUCCCGAUCGAUCAUGUUAUCGACUUGACCGUCCCUGAUCUGGACCCUACGCAAGCUGCUCCCUCCUCUCCUCAAAAGGAUGAUUCUGUCCCUAGGAACAUCCCGAUCAACGAUCGGCUGGUGGUGGACUUUUCCGCCAUGGGUCCUCAGGCUGAGGGACGCACGCUGUUUGGGCAGACUGCAUCUUCUAUGUGGUGCAGCACUUCCCUCAAGGCUGGUGAGAACUUCACCAACCUAGCCCACUGGUCUGAUAUGGUUGAAUCAGGCCACUUGGAGAGUAUCAAGGCUGGUACAUAUUAUCACCGGGUCUUCCUGGCGGCUGAGCGGGAGAUGACAUUCCUCGCCCAAGAGCAGGAUGAAAGCCAAACUCUUUUGGCCGCCGCUCGCAAGAUGGCUGCAGAUCUUCAGGAUCGGGCCAACAAAGGAGAUAAGGCCAGGGCUGAACUGGCCGAAAUGGAGAAGCGGAUUCAACGGCGCGAUCGGGAG